GGAGGACAGAUGCAGUUAUUAAUUUUAAGUGUGUGUCAAUUUGAGUGAAGGAAAAUAACCUGGACGCGUGGCCGGAGGUGUUGCUCCCCACCCGCGCCUGAGCCCAGCGCCCUGAGGUCAAGGCCGAGGCGUGGAGGACUGCGGGGCGAACCACAUCUCAGCCCAGCCCUCAAUUCUCCAUUUUCCAGGCGCCCCAGCAAGGGGUGAUGCUCCCCAGUCCCCUUGCUCCCCAGCCUGGCAUCAUGCAUCGGACCACACGGAUCAAAAUCACAGAGCUGAACCCUCACCUCAUGUGUGCCCUCUGCGGGGGAUACUUCAUCGAUGCCACCACCAUCGUGGAGUGCUUGCAUUCCUUCUGUAAAACCUGCAUCGUACGCUACCUGGAGACCAACAAAUACUGCCCCAUGUGUGAUGUCCAGGUCCACAAAACCCGACCACUGCUGAGCAUCAGAUCCGACAAAACCCUCCAAGACAUCGUCUACAAAUUGGUCCCGGGGCUUUUUAAAGAUGAGAUGAAACGGCGCCGGGAUUUCUAUGCAGCGUAUCCCCUGACAGAGGGCCACCCCCUCGGAGCUGCUCUUUCCGCAGUCCCCAACGGCUCCAACGAGGAUCGCGGCGAGGUCCUGGAGCAGGAGAAGGGGGCCCUGAGCGACGACGAGAUUGUCAGCCUCUCCAUUGAGUUCUACGAGGGUGUCAGGGACCGGGAGGAGAAGAAGGGCCCCUUGGAGAAUGGGGAUGGGGACAAAGAGAAGCAGACAGGGGUGCGCUUCCUGCGAUGCCCAGCAGCCAUGACGGUUAUGCAUCUCGCCAAGUUUCUCCGCAACAAGAUGGAUGUGCCCAGCAAAUACAAGGUGGAAGUUCUGUAUGAGGAUGAGCCGCUGAAGGAGUACUACACGCUCAUGGAUAUCGCCUACAUCUACCCCUGGCGGCGGAAUGGCCCCCUACCCCUCAAGUACCGUGUCCAGCCAGCCUGCAAGCGGCUCACCCUGCCCACCGCACCCACACCCUCCGAGGGCACCAACACCAGCGGGGCGUCCGAGUGUGAGUCAGUCAGCGACAAGGCUCCCAGCCCUGCCACUCUGCCGGCCACCUCCUCCUCCCUACCCAGCCCUGCCACCCCCUCCCAUGGCUCUCCUAGCUCCCACGGGCCCCCGGCCACCCACCCUACCUCCCCAGCUCCCCCUUCGACAGCUGGUGGAGCCACCACACCUGCCAACGGGGGUACCUCGAACUGCCUGCAGACAGCGUCCUCCACCAGCAGGGGGCGCAAGAUGACUGUCAACGGAGCUCCUGUGCCCCCUUUAACUUGAGGAAAGGGACCCUCUCCCCCUUCCGGCCACGCCUCUCCCUCCCUCUACUUUCUCUGGACCCUUUCUCCCACCUCUUCUACUUUCCCUAGCUCCUCCCAUCUUAGGGGUGGAGGGUGGGUUUUAUAAAUAAAUCUAUAUAUAUAUGUACAUAGGAAAAACCAAAUAUACAUACUUAUUUUCUAUGGACCAACCAGAUUAAUUUAAAUGCCACAGGAGACAAACCGUGUGUGUGUGUGUGUGUGUGUGUGUGUGUGUGUGUGUGUGUGUGUGUGUGUAUGUGUGGGGGGUGAGGUGCUCAUUUUUAGGAGGUAUUGUGUAAUCUCUUCUCUUUUCGAGGGUGCCUGGAGGUGGACUGGAGGGGCUACCUGAGGAUCUGUAAAAGUCUGCCCUGUCCUCACUGUCUUCCAAGACAGUUAGGGUCUUGGGGCCCCACCAGCCCCCAAAGCUCCAGGCACAACUCGAACUGGAUGUGUAUCGGGGUCCACCCCAUUUCUCUACCCAUCUUGGCUACUGUCCUGCCCCUGACCAGUGUGUCCCCCUCCCCCCCAUUGUUGAAUGUCCAGAGAAUCCCUGAGACAGUGCCUUUUACAAAUGCAUUUUAUCCCCUGGUUCUGGGGAGUGAGUGGGCUGUGGAGAUAGCAUCUCCCUCACCUCCCCCUCUUGCAGUGGAAACUUUGUGCAAAGAAUAGAUAGUUCUGCCUUUUUCUCCCCCCUGUGUGUGUGGUAUUUGCAUCAUUUAUCUUGUGGAAGAGAAAAUUCAGGCCACGGGAGGCCUCAGCCCUUGAAAUUCCACUGUGGCUUUAGCUUUGUGAACAGCUUCCCCUCCUCCGGGCCCUUACCCUCACCCAGAAACCCUCACCAGCAAGGCUGGGGGGUGAGGUCUCACUUGGGGGCCUGGAGUGGUGUGGGGCAGGGUUAACCUCGGAGAAGCACAGACCCCAUAUUUUUCCAAAGGCAAACCGCCCUCCAGCCCCUCCAGCUCCCCACCCCCAGCUGAGGCAGAGUCAGGACAGAGUGACAGAGGCGUCUAAAAGCACAAGAAGACAGAAACCUGUAAGCUCUAACCCCAACUCCAUCCCCUGAGGAAUUAACAGAACAGAGCCCCUCAGGGACAGACCCCAGCUGUUCCCCGCCCACCUAUUUUUCCCCGAAUGUACAUAGAUUGGGUGGAGACAAGAGGGAAGAUUCUGGACUCUAAUCGCCACCGGGGUAUGUGGGGUUAGGAGUCCCCUGGGUGUGUCUGUUUGUACCUUGUCCUGUGUCUAAGGUCCUGUGCCUGUGUCCUCCUGCCCUGGGACGUUUGUAUUUCUUGGCUUUGUAAUAAAUGCUGCAUAUUCUCCCGA